AAAAAACACAUGCUUUGCCACCAGUGACACGACCAUCUCAGGACUGAGGUUAUGUCUGAGCUGGCAGCUGUGAUGAAGUGGAGCACUGUGCUGCUGGUGGUGUUUCUGCUCACAUCUACCAACAUCGAUGAUCUACAUGGAGACCCCACCACAGGUGACCACGGUCUCCACUGUGUACAUGAUUACGUGUUCACCAUCAACUGCUCCCUGAGCAUCACACCAUCGGCAAAUGCCUCAGACAGUAACAGCUCUUACUGGCUCACUCUGAUAAAAGAUUAUGAACUAAACACGUUUGUGUGUAAGCUGACAAACACAUACGAGAAUUAUUUCUGCUCUGUUAAAACAUCUGAUUCAGUGCCCGAUGAGUAUGCAUCAGAUAUGGAUACCUUUAAAAUCUUACUCUGCCACAAUCAAAAUGAUGGACCUGACAUCUGUGAGCUGUUGGAUGGCAACUAUAAACCUUAUAUAAACAUUAAACCAAACGCACCGUGCUGCCUCACAGUUCGCCUCAACUCAAGUCACUCCAACUUCACCUGGAAAAGUACCUAUGAGGAAUACAGUGAAUUCACCGGUCUGGUUGAUAGCCUCAUGUAUGAGCUUCAUUUCUACAAAAGAGGAGGUGAACACAAGGUGAUUAGGACAACCACUACAGACUAUUCUAUGAAUAAUUCAAAUUUAGAGCCAGACACUGAAUACACUGCCACAGUACGCUCCAGUCCUGAUAUGACUCAUUACAAGGGACAGUGGAGUGAUUGGUCCACUGAGGUUCACUGGAAGACAGCAUCAGCCAUGAAGGAUUUCCCAACAAACACAGUCAAGUCUAAACUUUGGAUGAUGGUGUUGAUCGCCCUGUGUGCGAUGGCGCUACUCAUGCUGUUUUUGUGCUACGCUCCUCUUAAAAAGUGGAGGCAAAGUGCUUUUAUCCCAACACCAGCGCCCUAUUUCCACACCCUGUACAGUGACUGCCAGGGAGAUUUCAAGAGCUGGGUGGUUACACACAAAACUGCAGAAGACAUGCUGCAUGAAGAACCACUCCAAAUUGACACCCUGGCCAAGUGUGCAGAAGUCCAAGAGGAAGAGUGUGAGUGCCACUUUCCCUGUGAGGCAAUGGAGGGCAGUGUAUACAGCAACGUCACCGGCCCAUUGUGCAACUCCUCUCUCCUGGACAUCCCUUACACAGCGAGCACUGUGCCUCCACUGUCAGCUCCAGGAAGCUUGCUGAGCUCGACCCUCAGCUCUCAUGCUGAGGGAGACUCUGGAUGCUGGCUCUGCAGUAAUACUUCCCUGAAGAACGAACCUCCAUGCUACUAUAAUGAGUACUGCACAUUGAGCGCCUUCCAGGGGUGUACUCCAAUCAGUGCAGAGCAAUGUGGGUGCUCCUUAACAAAAUCUUGCCCACAUGGGAUUAGCAAAGCAGAUGCCAAUUAGAGUAUGAAGUAACCGAGCAGUAAAAUAGUGAAUAUGGGCCUUAACGUUCAGAACAACGCUUCAACUGCUUCAAGCUGAAAACAGCUACUGCAAUUGCAUUACUUUAGUUUUUACAUUUAGUGGUAUUUAACCAUUAUGAAGAUAAGCAAUAACUUGUAUUUGUAUACCAACAUUAGACACAAUGUAAAUGAUAUGCUGUCAGCUUGCAUCAAAUGUUAAACUGUAUAAAGAAACGUGAACAAAAUAUUUCCCAGAUUAAAAUUUC